UGCCUCUGCAUCCUCCUCCCACUGCACUUUGGCCCACGCCCACGGGCGCCCCGCCCCCCUCGGGCUUAUAGCCGGCGCCGGGCACCUCCGGACGCCUGGGAGCCGACGGCACGGCUGCCUGCUUGGCCUGGGAGCCCGGGCGCCGCCGCCUUAGUGGCGAAGUGAGGCGGCGGCUGCGCCCCGCAUCAUGGAGGGCAGCCUAGCUGCGACCCCAGCCCCAGCCCCGGUCGCCACCGACAGCCGCCGCCUCCCGCGCCGAGUCUGCCGGCUCUCGUCGCUGUUCUCAAGGUGCCGUCCCUUCCUCACCUCCAAGGCAAUAUGAAGGCGACCCGAGACCACGCGAGCGCUCCUUUCUGUACGCGCUUCAACCACUCCGACCAGGGCAUCUGGGCGGCCGAGCGCGCCGUUGAGGCGCCAAACAACCUCACGCUGCCCCCGGAACCCAGCGAGGACUGCGGCUCGGUGUCCGUAGCCUUUUCGAUGACCAUGAUGAUCACCGGGUUCGUGGGCAACGCGCUGGCCAUAACGCUCGUGUCGAAGAGCUACAGGCGCCGGGAGGGCAAGCGCAAGAAGUCGUUCCUGCUGUGCAUCGGCUGGCUGGCGCUCACCGACAUGGUCGGGCAGCUGCUCACCAGCCCGGUGGUCAUCGUCCUCUACCUGUCCCACCAGCGCUGGGAGCAGCUCGACCCGUCGGGAAGGUUGUGCACCUUCUUCGGCCUGACCAUGACCGUCUUUGGGCUCUCCUCGCUCUUCAUUGCCAGCGCCAUGGCCGUCGAGCGGGCUCUGGCCACCCGGGCGCCGCACUGGUACUCAAGCCACAUGAAGACCAGCGUCACCCGCGCCGUGCUGCUAGGCGUAUGGCUGGCCGUGCUCGCCUUCGCCCUGUUGCCGGUGCUGGGCGUAGGUCAGUAUACUAUCCAGUGGCCCGGGACUUGGUGCUUCAUUAGCACCGGGCCUGGGGGCAACGGGACUAACUCCCGGCAAAACUGGGGCAACGUUUUCUUCGCUUCUGCCUUUGCCAUACUGGGGCUCUCGGCGCUGGUGGUCACCUUCGCCUGCAAUUUGGCCACCAUUAAGGCCCUGGUGUCCCGCUGCAGGGCCAAGGCCACGGCGUCGCAGUCCAGCGCCCAGUGGGGCCGAAUCACUACAGAGACGGCCAUCCAGCUCAUGGGGAUCAUGUGCGUGCUCUCGGUCUGCUGGUCGCCGUUGCUGAUAAUGAUGUUGAAAAUGAUCUUCAAUCACACGUCAGUUGAGCACUGCAAGACAUACACAGAAAAUCAGGAUGAGUGCAACUUCUUCUUAAUAGCUGUUCGCCUGGCUUCACUGAACCAGAUCUUGGAUCCCUGGGUUUAUCUGCUGCUAAGAAAGAUCCUUCUUCAAAAGUUUUGCCAGGCCUCACCCCGCAGCAUGUGGGAUCCUAGUUCCCCGACCAGGGAUCGAACCCGGGUCCCCUGCAUUGGAAGCACGGAGUCUUAACUACUGGACCACCAGGGAAGUCCCUGUCAGUUGCUUUAGAAUUAGAAUAGUUUGGCUUUUUAAUUAAAGUGAAUCAGAUAUCUAGCCAAAAGCUUGCUAAUCACCAGACUUUAAUAUGAAAAUAGUUUCUUUCUAUGGUUUUCAAUUUCUGUAGAAACCAAAGCUGUAAUGUUUAGCAGGAGAAAAUGCAUAUGACUUACUGAUGGACUUCAACGUUCUUUCACCUUUUGAAAGGACACUUCUAUGGAAUAGACAUGAAGGGUGGGACAGAGAACAAAGACAAAGAAAUGAAGGAAAACCUAUAUAUUUCCAACUUGUCAAGAUUCUUCAUCCUUUUAGGUCAUUUCACAGAAGCAAGGAGAGGAAGGGGCCACAUUUAUCUUCAUACACUUGAGCAUCAGUAGGACAAAGCGAGGAGUGGCCAGUGUUCUUUUCUGUAAAAGCAAAUGUUUAAUUCACUCAAGUCAUCACUGACUGCCAAACUCUUUUUCUUCCCAAGCCUUGUAUAUAUAGAUAGAAUAUCUUACUUUCUCCAUCUUCUUUAACAAAACAGUUUUUUACAGAUAGCAUAAAGUUGAACAUUUCUGUAAGCAAGCAAAUUAAAAAUAGGCAAUGAUUAUCUUAAUCUGUUUACAACAAAUGAAUAUAUUAUUUUCAAUAUGUAUCUAAGUGAGAAUUGAAAUCAUUGACACUGUAAUAAAUUAUGUAAAGCUCAGUAUAGAAAUUGUAUGUUCCUCCACCUUUCCUACUCAGCAUUCCAUUCCAGUGGGUUAAAUGGGAAGGUAUACUUUUGUUAUCUUUAUGUAAAAUUUUUCUAGGAGUUAUGUUAAGUAUAUCUAAACAUAUCUUCCACUAUGUUUGAAAGGAUAGUCUUCAAUAUUGUGGAGACAAAGAAUAAAAGACUGAAAAGUACAUCAGAAUUUUGAUGGCAUUCAAGUCAUAGCUAGUCUGUGUAUUUAACAAAUAAAUGUAUGUUAUUUAUGUUGUGUUUGUCAAUGGAAAAUAAAGUUGAAUGUUCUGAAA